UUCCUGGUGUUGCGGGGCACCCGGCCCCGGGAGUGUGCUCGGCCGGAAGUGGCCGCUGAGGACCUGGGGUGGGUAUGGUGUGCGGAGCCUGCCACAGCAGGUAACAAGUCGUAGAGAAUCGGGAUGGAGGCCGUAGCGACUGCGACUGCGACGGCGGCGACGGAACCCGGUGAAGGCUGCACAGAGCCCAGUCCUGGGCACUGGGGGGAGCUGAGCUGGACGCCGGUCCCAUCCAGACCCCAGGACAAGGCAGAAGCAGCAGAAGGAGCGCAAAGGGCCCUAGACACUGACCUCUCAGAGGUCGAGGACGCGGCAGUGAGUGCUAUGCUGCACGCCGUGGCGGCCAGCCGCCUGCCCGUGUGCAGCCAGCAGCAGGGCGAGCCCGACCUGACCGAGCAGGAGAAGGUGGCCAUCUUGGGCCAGCUGUACCAUGAGAAGCCACUGGUGUUCCUGGAGCGCUUCCGCACGGGCCUCCGGGAGGAGCACCUGGCCUGCUUUGGCCACUUGCGUGGUGACCACCGUGCGGACUUCUACUGUGCCGAAGUGGCCCGGCAAGGCAGCACCCGACCCCGCACCUUGCGCACCCGCCUGCGUAACCGCCGCUACGCUGCCCUGCGUGAGCUCAUCCAAGAGGGCGAGUACUUCAGCGACGAGCAGAUGCGGUUUCGGGCCCCGCUGCUGUAUGAGCAGUACAUCGGGCAGUACCUGACCCUAGAGGAGCUCAGCGCCCGCACCCCGGCCCAGCGGCCACCCAAGCCCGGCCCCCCUGGCACUCCCGCCUGCCCGCUGUCUGACCUGCUGCUCCAGUCCUACCAGGAGCGGGAGCUGCAGCAGCGGCUGCUCCAGCAGCAGGAGGAGGAGGAGGCCUGCUUGGAGGAGGAGGAGGAGGAGGAGGACAGCGACGAGGAAGACCAGAGGCCUGACAAAGACUUGGAGGCCUGGGUCCCCGACUCGGAAGAGAGGCUGAUCCUGCGGGAAGAGUUCACCAGCCGGAUGCACCAGCACUUCCUGGACGGCAAGGAUGGGGACUUUGACUACAGCACCGUGGACGACAACCCUGACUUCGACAACCUGGACAUCGUGGCCCGGGAUGAAGAGGAGCGGUACUUCGACGAGGAGGAGCCCGAGGACGCACCCAGCCCAGAGCUGGACGGGGACUGAUGGCUACGGCGCCCACCCCGUCCCCCGCCCCAGCGAGGCUGCUGGUUACAGGCCAGGCCGGCUCAGUGACUUUCUCUAGGCGACAGCAGGGUGGCUGCCCUAUACCACCAAGCCUCGCUAGGUCUGGUCCCGUCUCCACGGCCCCCUCCCCCUUGCUCUCCAUUUCCUUCUCCCCCUGAACCCUGGUGCCUCUCUCCCUCCUCUCUCCUCUCAGUCUUUUUCUCACCACCUUUCUGUCUCCCGCUUUCUGUGUCUCUCGCUCUUUCUCCACCUCCCUCUUUUUCCUUUCUGUCUUUCUCUUUCUCCCCCUCUCUCUGUGCCUCGGCCUCUGUCCCCACAGCAGGGCCCAGGAUGAACAUCCUCCCCUUGACCUAGGCCGGUGGGGCCCUUUGUCGCUGGAGCUGGCCAGGUUGACCCCGGAGCGGAGCUCCGCCUCUCCCUCCCCAGCCCCGCCUCUGCCCUCCUGCCCCUCUGUGCUUGAGGCUCCGUCUCACACGCACCUCCUUGCCUCUGUUGCGUUCCAUCUCCUUCGGCCUCCCUCCAUCUUUCGCAGCCUCUGUGCUGGCUCUGUCCCUCUCUGUCUCUCAGCCUUUAUCUCUGGGUUUCAGUACCCCCCGCAAGGCCCUGAGCAUCCCCCAUCCUGGCUGCUGUGGGCCACAGAGCCUGACUGCGGAGUGAUCGGGCCUCACUGUGGGCAGUGGGGAGACCUUGGGGGUGGCCACCGGCUCUCACCUCUCCCUCAGGACCCAGGUUUGGGAGAGGUGUGCAGGGGCAGCGUGGGAUCGUGGGCCUGCCAGGUCGGGUAUAGAGGGAGAGGAGGGACUUUCCCCUCCCAGCCCCACCAGCCCCCCUCUGCCCAGCCACAAUUUUCCCUCCUUCACUUCCUCCACCUCCCUCUCCCUCUCCUGUUUACACUUCCAAAAUAUGCACAGGCUGUUAUCAUGGGUCCUGAGUCAUCACACACACACACACACACACACACACAGCCGGCCCCAGCAUCCCUGCCCCAAGCCGGCCCCACUGAGCCCCCUGCCGCCCUGGGCUAAUGGGAGCCAGAUGGCCGCCUGGUGACUCAGCCACUGGCCUGUGGGAACCCAGGCAUCCCGCCUUCCCAUGCCCCCAUACCCAGCUCAGGCUCCCCCAGUAGACAUACGCAGGGAAGGGGCCAGCUGCUAGCGGGGGAGGACACAGGCCAUGUGUUGGAGAGGUGGGGCCCGGGGACCCCUCACUCCUGUGAGCCAGGCCUGAAGGACCCUCAAAACUGCCUUCUCCAGCAUGGGGCCCAGAGUGCCGGGGAGACCCCACGGACUCCUGGGGCCACAGCUUUUGACCCCCAGGCCUCGCCUCUGCCCUCUGGCUCAACUGGAAUUAGAGCCAGACACAGAAAGUGAGAGCUAGACAGAGGCCAAGGGAUGUUCAGACAGACUAUUAAAUAAGGAAACUUCCGGUUACUGAGCAGUUCUGUCCUGUGCCAGGCCCCAGCAAGGUGCCCAAUGCCGCACUGAAUCCUCCACACAGCCCCGCGAACGAGGGGCUCAGCUCCGUUCUGCAUGUGGGUCACAGGAGGCCCAGAAAGGAGAUGUCACGUACUCAAGGCCACGUGGCCAUCAGAGAUGGAAACUCGGGUGUAGAAUCGUAAGUCCUGGAGACCACCUCCUGGCCUGCCUGUCCGCUCUCAAGGCCACACAGAGUAGACAGACGCACAGACUUCUUCAGGGGUAACGACUGAAGGAGAGUUAGCUGUUGAGGAUAACAGCAGCUAACAGCAGCUAACACCUUUGGGGCCCACCUGGCGUGCUAGGCACUGUCCUUCCUAUGCACAGAUGGAUGGCAUCAUGUAGUGUUUAGUACCUGAGUCACUGAACCAUCACAGAGGUCCCAUGCAGUAUAAACUGUCAGUACUGAUAGGGUGUGUCCCAGAGGAGGCCCAAGGCGAUCCAGCCAGCUAGACUCACAGUUGGGAGCGACGUUUGUCUCGGGUGCUUGUAUUGCUGCCCUCAAGUUGUGAGCGGUCUUUCAUAAUACAGGCAUCAGCCCUGGGUGAUGGGCACAUUUUUCAGCAGUCUGUCAUUUGAUCAUUAAAGUUGUGAUACACUG